AUGGUGGAUUCAUCUUCCGCUAAUUUAGCCAGCGGCUCCAAUGUGUCUUCAACCAGGUCCGCCAAGACACAGGGCAGCGUGAAGGCGCAACGGCAGCAAGAUAAUUCAGAUGAGCUGCAGUUCGUCAAGCAACAUCAAGGGAUCAAUCGCACCAGAGUAAACACGACGGACGUAGACGUCAUAUUGGAAGAAAACGCCAAGCUGAUACAGCAGCUGCGGCAUCCUCAUCUGACGAAGGAUAGCUAUCGUUACGUACAAACCUUCGCGCAGCUACAGCGCAAUUUGGUAUUUAUCGCAAGGCUGGCUGACCAGCCCAGGUAG